AUGGAGUUAUUUCUGGAAGGAGGGAGAGAAGUAGAGAGGAAGAAGGAAAGGAAGAAUGUAUAUAAGAUUGUAAUGAAAUAUCAUAAAAUCAGAAGGAUUUGCUCUAAUUUCAGUUUCAACCCUUUUUUGCUACUUGCCACUGAGCCCUGGGAGACAGCCUUACCUAAAGUAGUCCUGACUUUCAUUGGUUUCUUUCUUUGGGGAGUUUCCCUGCUAUUACUGCUUGGAGGAAUAUUCCUGAUCCUUACCUACAAAAGCUAUGGAGCUUUCUUUCCAAAUCAAUUCUUCCUUCUGCCAGGCUGGCUGGCUAUCCUGACUGCUGGUCUGCUUUUCCCAGCCGGGUUGCUAGCAGUCUACAUUCCUGUGAAAAGUUCUCACUAUCAUCAAGGGACUCUUAUGUAUUUGCUGCUGGUCCUGUUCUGUCUGGAAGCUUCCUCACUCACCAUGACCCAAGUCUACUCGGCCAAAGCAUGCUACCAAUUGAAAAGCAGCUUGGGUCACUUUUUUCACCAAUACAACUGGAGCUUUCCACAUCAUUGCAGCACUGAGAUCGUGGAUUCCAUCCAUAAACAAUUAAAGUGUUGUGGGAUCUACAAUUACACUGACUGGACAGAAGGGCUCCCAAAGUAUCUCCAGAGUGGACACGUCUUUGUUCCAGAAAGCUGUUGCAAAGAGACUUUUUUGGACUGCAGUGGUGACCUAAACAAAUCAGAGAAGCUCUUCAAGGAAGGAUGCCUUAUGAAGCUAAAGAAAAGGCUGCAUUUUAUCACACAUUAUAUGGUGUGGUGUGGUGUGCUGGUCAUUUGCCUGGAGGUGUUAGCUGCUGUCAGCAAUGGAAUACUAAUGAAGGCGCCACCAGCCCAAGACUUUCACAUGUUGGAUUCUUCUGCUUUUUCUUAA